AUGGCAACUGAUGGAAAACUUAUUACGAUUCUCAGCAUUGAUGGUGGGGGAGUGAGAGGUAUUAUCCCUAGGACAAUUCUCGCCUUCCUUGAAUCCCAACUUCAGAAGCUGGAUGGUGACAAUGCAAGGAUUGCAGAUUACUUUGAUUUCAUUGCUGGGACUAGCACUGGAGGCCUUGUUACAGCCAUGCUCACCUCUCCAAAUGAAAAUAAUCGACCUUUAUUUGCUGCAAAAGAUAUUAACAAAUUUUAUCUUCAAGAGAGUCCACAUAUCUUCCCUCAAGAAUCAGAGUCGCCUCAACAAUUAGUUGCAAUGUAUAACUUGAGUUGGUACACCACUAUAACAAAAUGGGUCAAGUCAGUUUGGAACAAAUAUUCAGAGCCAGUGUACCAUUCUGUAGAGGUUUUUAUCAGACGGAUAGAAAGAGCAGCAUUGCGUCCCAAAUAUGAUGGCUUCUAUUUGCAUAAAAAGAUCAAAGAAAUGCUCAGAGAUAGAAGGCUUAGUGAGACCCUAACCAAUGUGAUAAUCCCCUCUUUCGAUAUCAAGCUUCUCCAACCAAUAGUUUUCUCCACCUUAAAGGCGAGACACGAUGAUUUAGAGAAUGCUUUAUUAUCAGAUGUUUGUAUCAGCACUUCUGCAGCACCAUAUUUCCUCCCCCCAUAUUACUUUGAAAUCAACUCAUCAAUAGGCACCAAGAAAUUCAACAUGGUGGAUGGUGGUGUUGCAGCCAACAAUCCUACUUUGCUAGCAAUAUCGGAAGUGACCAGGGAGAUAUCUUCAAAUAGAGAAGUUCCAUGCUUAAGCAACAUGGAUUACGGUAAACUUCUUGUUCUCUCCCUUGGAACUGGAUCAUCAAAGAGUGAUGAAAAGCUUGAGGUUGGCGAUGGACAAAGCUGGGGACUCUUCAGUUGGUUCAUGGGGCCUAAUGGUACCAACCCCUUAUUUGAUGUCGUCCUGACUGCAACGGAUGAUAUGGUUGAUAUAUAUUUAUCUGUUUUCUUUCAAGGCUCUAGUUUCAAGGACAAUUAUCUACGAAUUCAGAUUGAUAGCUUGAAAUAUACUCAAGCGGCCGCUGACAACUCAAGCCAAGAAAACCUUCAAAAUCUUGAGAAGAUUGCAAAUGAGCUUCUGAAAAAGCCCGUUGCUGCUGUGAACUUGGAAACUGGUUUAUACGAACCAAUUGAAGAAGCAGGCACAUAUGAAGACGCACUCAUCAAGUUUGCCAAACGAUUGACAGAUGAAAGGAGGCAUCGCCAAGCUAAUUGCUCUACCUAGUAGCUAGGUAAUCAAGGUCCAUUCAACCUUUCCCAUUGUGCAACUGCUCCUUAGAAAAGGAGGCAAGCAGCUUCAUGAGUAGUUCAAGUGACACAAAGGUCAAAGGUCGAAAGUCAAGAACGCUAUAGCUGAAUUUUGCAGGUAGCCCGAGAUUAAUGAGGGUAGUUAUCUAGGCUCUGUUCUUACAGAUUUAGUCAUGUAUAAACUAUAAAUAAAGUUAUAAAAUAUAGCACAAAUGAAAUGAAUUAGCUACACCUACUUGGAAGGUGCCAAAACCAACACACUUUGUGCACCCUUGUUCGGCCAAUUCAAUUAAUUAGAUAUA